GAGAGAUAUUAGCCCAUUCCCUCUCUAACGACGUCGUGUCGUAAGGAUAUGCUUCAGCAUUUCUUCUUUACCACUCCCAUAUUCUUCUUCAGCAAGAAAGUUUUGACCCACCCCCCUAUUUACCAACCCCACACUAAGCAAAUUAUAUAUAUACGUCUGCGUGUGUGUGUAUAUAUAUAUAUAUUAUUUGGAGCUACUCAGAUACAAAUCCUAACUCGAACAAAAUCAACCUGACGAGUUCUCCGCAUUUCAAUUACGAUUCUCUGCAAUCUCUCUUCCCCCAAAAUAACGGCGAUUAGAUUUGUGUGAAUUUUGACGCAAUUGCUCGCAGCUGGUUGCUGGAAACCACCGACAUGCACGACGGCGACCCCCGCCACGGCGGCGAUGGAACGCUUGCACUCGACUUGAAGAAUCUGAAGGUGAUAUCGCCGCUCGGUAGGGGAGCUAAAGGCGUCGUAUUCCUCGUUCAGACGGAGAGUGGAGAAUUGCUCGCGCUCAAAGCAAUCCUACGAUCUUCCGUCGAGAAGAAGAAGAAAAUUUCGAGCGCCGGAGACGGCGGCGAGUACAGGAGGAUCUGCUUCGAACGAGAAGUGUUGGCGUCGUUUCACCAUCCUCUGCUGCCGAGACUCCACGGAGUUUUGGUUACUGAUAAGAUCGUCGGAUAUGCGAUCGAUUACUGCUCCGGCCGCGAUCUGCAUUGUUUGAGGAAGAAACAGACUGAGAAAAUGUUCUCCGAUGACAUCAUCAGAUUUUACGCAGCGGAGCUGGUGCUGGCUUUGGAGUAUCUGCACAAUUUAGGCGUCGUUUACCGAGAUUUAAAGCCCGAAAAUGUGAUGAUUCAGGAGAGCGGGCAUUUAAUGCUGGUAGAUUUCGAUCUCUCAACCAAACUCGCUCCAAAAUCUCCCGAAAAUCGCUCGGUCUCGUCCGAAUCGAAGCUGCAAGUGAAGAAGCCGAAGAAGAGGAAGAACAAAUUCGGUUUCUCGAUAAGGCGCCGCGACUCGGGGAUCUCGCCGGUCGACUCGGUUCAACGGGAGGAGCUCGAGUCGGACUCAGCGAGCACCGCGUCAGACUCGGUGGAGAAGUCGAACUCGUUCGUCGGCACGGAGGAGUAUGUGGCGCCGGAGAUCAUCCUCGGCGACGGCCACGACUUCGCCGUCGACUGGUGGUGCCUGGGCGUCAUGCUAUACGAGAUGCUCUACGGUACGACGCCGUUCCGGGGCGCCAACCGGAAGGAGACGUUCUACCGGAUCAUAACCCGUGCCCCGAAUCUGACGGGAGAAUCAACGCCGUUAAGGGACUUGAUCGCAAAAUUACUCGAGAAGGAUCCGAGAAAGAGGAUUCCUGUCCACGAAAUCAAGGGCCACGAAUUUUUUAAGGCAGUUGAUUGGGACUCAAUUACGGACAUGCCCCGGCCGCCGUUCAUUCCGGAGUUGACGGACGUCGAGGGCAUUGAUGGGAAUAAGGAAAUCGACGUAGAGAAAUAUGUCCAAGGCGUGUUCAAAGUUGGUGAGGACGAGAAAGUGGAGGAGCACAUGAAUUUUGAAGAUAGUAGAAACAAAAACGCGUGGGUUAAUAAUCAUCCCACACACAUUCAGAAUGACAAUUUUUUGAUUUUUUGAAUUUUUUACCAUACAUUGUGAUUAUUGAGAAUAUAUUUUGACAGAUCAUUAUUUUAUUAAUUACUUUAUAUAUUUGUAUAUAUAUUUCGUGGAAAAAGAUAUAUAUAUAAAUUAAAUCUCGAGUAAA